UCAAGAUGCGUUUCUAUCUGCUCUUCUUUUUCGCCCUGAGCUGUGCCCUGUUGCACUUCUCCACGGCUGGAGUGAAUGUGGUUCGUGGCCUGGAGUCUGUGGGUCAUCAUCGCAACUCCACUGGAGGUCCACCACGUGGAGCUCCACCACCACCACCACCAUCCACGACGGCUAGCUCAUCGGGAUAAUUCCAGGAUAAAAUUCUUGCAAGGAUACCCAUUGAUUUACAACCGAAAUGAACCCAAUUGUGAACCCAAUAACUAUGUAGUUUUUCAGCUGUUUUAAAUAAAAUCACGUUUUCCAGCAAAUUAAA